AUGCCAUCCUUGCCUAAUGAGGGAGAUAACCAUGGAACUGGUCCUGUGACUCUGAGUUCAGAACUAUCCUAUCAAAGCACAAUUAAGAGAAAAGUCAGGAAGAAGAAGAAGAAGAACGGAGUCAUCACUGCAAAUGUUGCUGGCACAAAAUAUGAAAUUGUACGUGUGGUAAUACAGGAAAUGGGAUUUGUGAAAACACGCGAUGAAGAUGAAACAGCUAAUCUUAUAUGGAGUGACUCUGCUGUGCAGCAGGAAAAGAUUGCUGAACUUCGGAACUAUCAGAGAAUCAACCAUUUUCCGGGAAUGGGAGAGAUAUGCAGAAAGGAUUUUCUGGCAAGAAACAUGACUAAAAUGAUCAAGAGUCAGCCUCAGGAGUACACUUUUAUUCCUAGAACAUGGAUCUUCCCUGCAGAAUACACACAGUUUCAGAACUAUGUAAAAGAACUGAAGAAGAAACGUAGACAGAAAACUUUCAUAGUCAAACCAGCUAACGGUGCAAUGGGACAUGGGAUCUCUUUAAUAAGAAAUGGAGAAAAGUUACAAGCUCAGGAUCACUUAAUUGUUCAGGAAUAUCUUGACAAACCAUUUCUUAUGGAAGGCUACAAGUUUGAUUUACGUGUGUAUAUUCUUGUAACCUCCUGUGAUCCAUUAAAAGUAUUUUUAUAUCAUGAUGGACUGGUGAGAAUGGGCACGGAAAAGUAUCACCCCCCCAGCGACUCAAAUUUGAGUCAAUUGUAUAUGCAUCUGACUAAUUACUCUGUCAAUAAACAUAAUGAACACUUUGAACGGGAUGAAACAGAAGACAAAGGAAGCAAACGCUCCAUAAAAUGGUUUACUGAGUUUUUAGAAACAAAUAAUCUUGACGUCUCCAAAUUCUGGAGUGAUAUUUCAGAGCUGGUAGUGAAGACUCUCAUAGUUGCAGAGCCACAUGUUCUACAUGCUUAUCGCAUGUGCAGGCCAGGGCAAGCACCAGGAAGUGACAGUGUCUGCUUUGAAGUCCUCGGUUUUGAUAUUCUGCUGGACAGAAAACUAAAACCAUGGCUCCUAGAGAUUAAUCGUGCCCCAAGCUUUGGAACGGAUCAAAAAAUAGACUAUGAUGUAAAAAAAGGAGUUCUGCUAAAUGCAUUAAAGCUUCUCAACAUACGGACAAGUGACAAAAGGAGAAAUUUAGCUCAACAGAAGGCUGAGGCUCAAAAAAGACUGUAUGGUCAAGGGGCAAUGAAAAAACUGUUGCCAGGUUCCUCAGACUGGGAGAAGCAGCGCCACACACUGGAAAGGAGAAGAGAAGAACUGAAGGAAAGACUUGCGCAAGUACGUAAACAGAUUUCCAAAGAGGAGCAUGAAAACAGACACAUGGGGAACUACAGGCGAAUUUACCCUCCUGAUGAUAAGACAUUACUAGAGAAGUAUGACAGUUUGUUAGCCACUGCUUUCCAGACGUUUCUUGCUGGAAGAGCAGCUUCACUUCAGCGGGAAAUGAAUAACCCUUUAAAAGGAAUGAAGGAAGAGGACAUUUUGGACCUUCUGGAGCAGUGUGAAAUAGAUGAUGAAAAGCUAAUGGGAAAAUGCACCAGGCAGCGAGGACUUAAG